UGCAUCUCUCUAUAUCUAUACAUGGUACAGCAUCAGAUACAGUAUAGUCAGCGUCAAGCGAUGAGAGGCGACACGUUGGUGACUUUCGCCCCGAGCCUAUAUCAGUUAUCACUGUUAUCAGUACACCGCUUAUUACUAUGAGUACUUAAUUCUUAAUUAAACAAUAUUUAGGUAUUGCUCCAAAAAAUUAAGUACACGACGUCGGCAUGCUGCUGUUGACAGUGCUGACAAAGCGGUUAUACAGCAUUUACAGCAGCAGUUCAUUUUUCGCAUUGAGUGGUUGCAUGGUGUUUUAUUGUUGAUAAGUAAAGGGAUGUACCGAUAAUUGUAUGGUUAUUUUGUUGUGUUUUUUUAUGCAUAUUUUAAAGUUAACCAAUCGAGUUUCUGGAGGUCUGCUGUACCUGCAUAUGUGACGGUGGUGCUGUGUUAUUUUUUUUAAAAGAGCUAAUAUACUCUUCAAAGAACAAAUAUGAGGAUUGUGCAAUUCAGAAGGAAUCGUGUGAUUCAUAUAGCAAUAAGUAGUGCACUUGUACUUCUAGUUUUUUACUUUGUUUACUCAAUGCCUGAAAACAAACUCAGCAAAGUACGAGAUUGGGCUGAAAAUCUCAAGGGUAAAAAGAGCUAUGCACCUGUACUUACCAAGGGUAUGGGUAAUUUUGAAGUUGAAAUAAAACAUAAGACUGGACCAGGUGAAGGAGGAAAGGCUCAUACAUUGAGAGAAGAUCAACAAAAUGAUGUACAAGAAUCUGAAGCAUCCUACGGUAUGAAUAUUGCUUGUUCCGAUGAAAUAGCUUUUGAUAGAAAUAUACCAGAUCUAAGACCAGCCGAAUGUAAACAUUGGAAUUAUUCAGAAGAUUUACCUAAAACUAGUGUAAUCAUUGUAUUCCAUAAUGAAGGCUGGUCAGUUCUUCUCAGAACUGUUCACAGUGUUAUAAAUAGAACUCCACCUCAGUUCCUUGAAGAAGUUCUCUUAGUUGAUGAUUAUUCUGAUAAAGAAAAUUUAAAGAGUAACUUAGAUACUUACAUUGAACUUUGGGAAGGCAAAGUUAGACUUAUUAGAAAUACUGAGAGACAAGGUUUGAUUCGCACAAGAUCACGUGGUGCUAGAGAAGCUAGGGGUGAAGUUAUUGUUUUCUUAGAUGCGCAUUGUGAAGUAAAUGUAAACUGGUUACCUCCACUACUUGCCCCAAUAGCAGAAAAUAGCAAUGUAAUGACAGUUCCUGUAAUUGAUGGUAUAGACCACAAAACGUUUGAAUAUAAAACAGUUUACCAAGAGGGACAUCUGUAUCGUGGUAUUUUCGAGUGGGGAAUGCUUUAUAAAGAAAACGAAUUACCUACUAAGGAAGUACGUUCAAGAAAGCAUAGCAGUAUGCCAUACAGAUCACCGACUCAUGCAGGAGGUCUAUUUGCCAUUAAUCGAAAGUACUUCUUGUCUCUUGGAGGGUACGAUGAAGGUCUGUUAGUAUGGGGAGGUGAAAAUUUCGAAUUGUCCUUUAAAAUUUGGCAAUGUGGCGGCAUGAUUCUUUGGGUGCCUUGUUCGCACGUUGGACACGUUUAUCGAGGUUUCAUGCCUUACAAUUUUGGAAAUUUAGCACAAAAGAAAAAGGGACCUCUGAUAACUAUUAAUUACAAGCGUGUCAUUGAAACGUGGUUUGAUGAAGAAUACAAAAAAUAUUUCUAUACAAGAGAGCCCUUAGCAACACUUCUGGAUCAUGGGGAUAUAUCGGAACAGCUUGAAUUUAAGAAAAGAAAAAAAUGCAAGAGCUUCCAGUGGUAUAUGGAUAAUGUUGCUUAUGAUGUAUUUGAUAAAUUUCCAAAAUUACCGGGAAAUAUUAAAUGGGGAGAGUUGAAAAAUGUUGCCACACAACAGUGCCUUGAUACAAUGAAUCAUGCUCCACCUAGUCUCAUGGCUGUAUCACCCUGUCAUGGCUAUGGGAAUAAUCAACUAAUUAGAUUGAAUACUAAAGGACAACUUGGAGUUGGAGAAAGGUGUAUUGAAGCUGAUGGUCAGGGAAUCAAGUUAGUUGUAUGCAGAUUGGGAACAGUGGAUGGUCCUUGGGAGUAUAAAGAUUCAAACACACUUCACCAUCGAGUACAUAACAAAUGCGUGGCACUUCAUCCACAGACAUAUCAUCUGUCACUGAUGCCUUGUGAUUUUAAUAAUGCAUAUCAACAAUGGACGUUUGAAUCAAUUAAUCCACACUGGUGAAUGCAUCAAUGAAAUUGCAGAGAUUCACUGUUUAUAUUAUUGAUACUUAAGUACUUGUGAUCGAUGUUUUCAACAAAUGAGAAUUUUAUAACAAUCCUACAGAGAAUUUUUUAUCUUAUACAAGAUUAUUUUUUAUCUUAAACUUAUAGUUACAAGAUGGGUUUAACACGUUUGUCAUAACUAUGUCAGAAGAAAAAACAAUCAAGUAAUGAUACAGACUGACCCCUUUUAACCUUUUUAUAUUCUCAGCAACAAAGAAAAUUAUAUUACUUUAUCUUUUAUACAAGCUAGAUCAAUUAUACAUCAAUAAAAAGUUCUAUCAGGAUAGCUAAUUGUGAAUUAUUGUGUCAUUACAAAUAAAGUGAUACAGGUAAUGACUUAAAGAUUGAUUGUUUAAAAAGUGAUUGUUGUUUCAAAAGCAUGUGUUUUUAUUAUUCCAAGAGAUUACUAUUUUCUAAUCAUUUAAAAAAAAUCAUCAUUCCAAUAGACAUUGCGUUUACUACAAGUAAACAACAGUUUAAUUGAAAUAAGACUGACACAGGAUUUCAUUGAUAUUGUAAUUAUGAAUUACUUAAUUUUGUGUGUGGUUAUUUUAGUUACAAGGGUAAUUAUUGCUAUUAUAUGUUACCUUUUAUUUUAAGCAUGACCUUGCAGCUUAAUAUUGUCGUACUUAAAAACCUGGUUUUUUUUUGUAAUUUCUAAAGUGAUCAACAACUUGAAUUUAAAAAGAGUUGAUUGAACAUUUUUGUCAAUACUUUAGGGAAAAGAAAAUACUUAUAUUUUGUAUUCUGUCACGAAAGUGAGCAGUAGUACAUAACUGUUGUGCAUUAUCAGAAGUCAGA